CUCGAAUAAAACGGGCGAGGUGCAAUUGACGAUGCUCAACAGGCCGCUGCCCCCUGGGCGGCGAGCGCCUCGCUCUGCCAUCAUCAAAUGCGCACCCAGCACCGACGAAGCAAGUGCGCUAUCAAGCCAAGACACACAGACGCCUUGUGACAAGCCCAAGGAAACUGACGAUGGCGACAUGGAGAAUCUCGAGUCUGGUCGGACGAUGCAGGAGCUAUGCAUGGAAGACCGCCACGUGUCUGUCGCCGAGGUUCACGAAGCGACACCAGGUGAUGAAGUUGUCAUCGUCGCUGCAAGCAGUGAUGUCGAAGCUCCUGCCGCCGUAGCGUGCGUCGUUCCCACCGACAACUACCACGUUGUGGCCGCAUGCAACGAGGAUGUAGCAACCGAGCCGCCAGCUCUGCCCGUCGUGGCCACACGGCCCACUGCAGCGACAGUUGAAGUGGACAGCUCUCCAGCAUCGCCAUCCUGCGACACUCCCAUCGAGCGAGUGCCAUCCGUGCAAACUCACAUGGCGUCCCCUGACGAUGUCGAGUGGUAUGGCCUGGACCGAGUGACGCGCCCAUGGACUGUCGUGCCCGAGCUGCCGCCAGUGGAGUCGCUCGAGUGCGUCUACAACGACGAUGCCCGCGGUCUGCAGAAGCGCAUCCUGCGUGCCGUGAAGUGGUGCACCAACGCGGACAAAGUCAAGCUGGACGAGUUCAAGAUCAACUCGCGAUUGUUUGGGAAUGGAUUCAUGGACCCCGACGAAUACACGCAGAGCAUGGCACACGAGUUGGGACCGCUCAACAUGCUGGUCAUCGUCCCGUGCAUGCUGCGCCUCCAGCCAGACCCGUUGAAGAAGCAGCUGCUCUACAUGGCCCUGCAAUCGUAUCGUACCAAGUCGAUGGCGACGUUGGAGGCACUCGUCGUUCGAGGGUAAAUUCAUCACAGUCAACAACAACAAAGGGGGGCUCAUGGUGGCCACUGGCAUGACACAACGCAUCCACGUUAGUGGCCAUCGUCGCUCGCGAACACGAGGAUUUCUUCGUACGAUGGAUACGAUCGAUUCGUGGUGUGCUGGUUGUACAAGAGCGCCGCUUGCUCUUCAC